GAAAGAAUGGCGGCAGAUCCGAUUGCCCUGGUCCGACAACUGGGAAGAGUCCGUCUCUGGACACCUCCGAAAGCUGGGCAUCUCCUCGGCGACGGAGGGCGAGCGCUUCGAGGUCUUGAACUGCAAGGGCGUUCCCUUCUCCUUGCGGGACAACCGUUUACAAGCAGCGUCUGGUCGCCGACUUCUUGUGCCAUCUGACUUUCCCAUGCUUUUGAACAUCAAGUUGUGGACCGUCACAGAGCUUCAACGUCGCCUGCGGCAACCGGACAAGGACCUGCGUCAGGCGCAGGCAGUCAUACAGAAGCAGAUCGAACAGCUGAAGCGUGGACGACCAGGCAAGUUGAUGGAGGCCCACGAGCGGCAAAAGUUAGAUCGGCUGCGUGAAGAAGAGGCCGAGCUGAAGGUUCAAUUUCAAGACAGUCGCACUGAAGUGCAAGCGCUUCUUCGAAAUCGGGCUGUGGUGAUGCUCCAGGCCAUCGUGCGUGGCUGUCGAAGCCGAAAGGCGCAGAUGACACGGCGCCAGGCGGCGAAGGUGAUCCAGCGUGGGUGGCGAGGCUACCUGAGCCGAUUGCGAGUGGAGCACAUGAAGGUGUUGGCGCGACAGCGCAUCAAGCAAGUGAAGCACGUGCGCAACGCGGAGUCGCUCUUCGAAGCGGUGCACGCCCAAGAGGAGAAGUGGGACUUGCAGGUCCAAUGCCUUACAAAUGCCGCCACUUUGCCUGUGAACGCUAGCAUGACCUGUGAGGAGUUGCGGCAAGCGAUUCAAGAACAUCUGGGAAUCGAUCCCGCAUAUCAGGUGUGGCACGCCGAUGGAAAGCGUUUGAAAUUGUACAAUUCUCAACGCCUGGAGGAUUUAGCAGGGACCUCCCUGAUGACCGUACUUCGCUGUGAACCACCCCUCAAGCCUCUACCCAAGCGGUUUGCUCUUUGCUUCACGUCAACCAGGGAUCGACUUUUUCGGACCCUUUAUUCCAGUGGAUUUGUCAUCCAGUACCGGCUUCAAGCCGAUUUGACGCAGGGCAAGCUGGUCUUUGAGCGGUGGAGGAAGAAUGAUCACGAUGUCGUAACUUUCGACUCCAAGAAGAAGGAAGUGAAGACGGAAGAAGGUCAUUCCUACUUUGGCUCCACCUUCACCAAAAAACGCAUGAAGGUGGAUGCUUUGGUAGAGUUCAUCUCCCAUUGGCAUGGCCAUUACUUGGAGCCUGAGCAAGCUCAUUUCUGGAAAUCUCCUUCAGAAGGUAUCAUAGAAACGCAGCUCGAUGAGGAUGUCCGCUAUUUGGCCAUUGACAGUGACACACCGCGGGCACUUCCCGACUAUGAAGCCGUUCCUGGCUGGUUUGUGGCACCAGAUGAAGAUUGCCAGGAGAUUGAGAUGGACCUGGAAAUUGCUGGGACACAUCUUGUGCGAAUGUUGGUGAAGAAUGGUGACCCCUUACGUGUCGCCCUGUCGCAAGGGAAGACCGCGGAAGACUUCUAUUUGGGCCUUGAGGAAUAUGAGAUUCAACUCCAAGAACUCGCAUCCGAUCAAAGUCUCAGUAGCGAGCCCGACCUCGGGCUCGUGGCUCGCGGCGUCGCGCAGGAGGCGAUCGCCAUCCGGGUGGUCCGAGACAAGGACUUCAAUCCCUUCGUCUUUCGCCACGCGGUCUCGCAGCAAUCCCUGCUGCAUGCGGCUGCCCAAGAGGGGCUCCACUCCUUGUGCCACGAGCUGCUCGCGGCAGCCAAGCUUCGAGGUAUGGACAGCUUCAUCACCGCGCGCGAUUGGCGGGGAUGGACAGCGCUGCACACCGCAGCCUUGAGUGCACAG